CUGUGUUAUGAUUGGUCGAGGGCUCAGAACAGCACUAAGGUAGAAUAAGGAAGUAGCUUAGUGCGCUAAUGUAAGCGGCUAACUACCACCUAACUAGCAGCUAACUAGCAGCUAACUAGCAGUCUCUGUGACGGGAUGUUCUCGGCUCUCGUGUGUGGAGCUUCAGUGUUUCCAGGACUUUUCUUCACCUUCAGGAAACUUCUGAGAUCAGCUGUGAGACACUGGAGCGAAGGAGACGUGGUUGUGGUCAGUGAGAGACUGGUCUCUGCCAUCCAUGCAUCUGUGUCCACUGCAGCUGGAGUCACAGUUGUGACGUCCUGCAGAGAUGUCAUGACUGACAGUCACUGGCUGGUCAACGGGUUUGUUUUGUUCGGAGCUCCGUACAUGGCCCACGACAUCUACGCCAUGUACCUGAGCCACUUUCACGCUCAGGGGGGCAAAGACCCCGGCCGUGCACCCAGUGGCCACUCUCUGCAGACGGUCAGGGAUUUCCUCCACAAGGACUGGAUACUGGUCCUCCACCACCUGACACUGCUGCUUGUCUUCCUGCCCAUCACUCUGUUCUUCAGAAGAGGCCUGGGGGAUUUCUUCGUCGGCUGCCUAUUCACCACAGAGUUCAGCACUCCCUUCGUCUCUUUAGGAAAGAUCCUCAUCCAGCUGGGCCUCGACAACACCAGGCUGCACAGAAUCAACGGCAUCGCCGUCCUCCUGAGCUUCUUCACGUGUCGGAUUUUGAUCUUCCCCUUCAUGUACUGGAUGUACGGCCGGCAGUUUGGGAUUCCACUGCACAGAGUGGCCUUCCAUCUGCCACUGCAUUGCAACGUGGGCAACCUGGUGAUCCUGGCUCCGCAGAUCUACUGGUUCUUCCUGCUGCUGAAGAAAGCCAAGAGACUCUACCUGAGACAGAAGAGGGGGAGGGGAGACGGACACAAAGACAGGCCGAAGACAGAACUGAAGACAGACUGAAGAAUCCACCUGUUUCUAAUAACAACCUGCUCAAACUCUAAAAUCUGUGAAACGUGUAUAAGAAUUCUAAAAUGUAUAUU